UUUUAUGAGAAUCGCACGUAUAAGAUCCUGAUAAGAUCUUAUCUGUACCAUACACAUACGACUGCACGACAUGAGAACACGUGUCAACGAGCUGUAUGGGUUUCACCGAAAGACCCGGUCUCAUAAAAUUUUGGGAACUGACACUAACGCAUAGUGCCGCUGCGUGCCAUGGAUGAGCACGUCCGUCUCACCUCCUCCUGUAGCCCUCCCUCCCCGGGCUCCUCCGCCGCCGGCCACCACGUACCAGUGCUCGACUUCCUCUCCAGCGAGGUCCUGGAGCAAUGGCUGCUGGAUGACGACGACGUGCAGUACCAGCCCCUGGAACUUGGCGCCGCGUGCGGCGACGGAAGCUCGCGCUCGGCGGGCUCCGACGACCUGUCCGGGAACCUGCCGCCUGCAGCUGCGCCGAAGAGGCGGGGGCGGAAGCCCUUGCCCCGCACCGACGGCUCCGCCGUCAGCCACGUGGAGGCCGAGCAGCUGCGGCGGGACAGGUUCCACCGCCGGUUCUGCGACCUCCGGGCCGCCGUGCCCACCGUGUCCCGGAUGGACAAGGCGUCCCUCCUCGCCGACGCCACCGCCUACAUCGCCGAGCUGCGCGGCCGUGUGGAGCAGCUCGAGGCCGAGGUCACGCAGGCUGCGGCACGGAAGGCACACCCCGCAGACGUCGACGCCGCGGCGUCCUCCCACGACUCGUUCGGCCUCCAGGAGAAGCUGGAGGUGCGCAUGUUCGGGCAGGAGGCGGCCGCGCUGCGCCUGACGACCGAGGCGCGGCACGCCCCCGCGCGCUUCAUGGACGCGCUCCGCUCGCUGGACCUACCGGUGCAGCACACCUGCGUGUGCCGCCACGGCGGCGUGACCGUGCAGGACGCCGUCGUGGACGUGCCAGCCGUGCUGCGGGACGAGGGCUGCCUCCGAGGAGCGUUGCUUCACAGGCUUCAGGAGAGCGGCUCGCUCGUGGCCGGCAGGCUUGUGCGGUUGUGAAAUAAAUUAUGAACUAUAUGUGCCCUUGGUUUCUUGUUUUGUUGGCAAUCUUCUUUUCUUCUUUUGAGGACUUGCUAGUUGCUACUUGCUAGUUGGUAUUGUAUAUUUGCAUAAGCUAUUC